AAAGCUUAUAAACUCAGGGCUCCCAAGCUCACUGUCACAGUGUGUCUGUGUGUGUGCGUGCAACAGCAAAGAAGACUGCACCUCACGGGUUUGGUCAACCUCAUAUCCAAAACACACUCAUCAUGACUGCUGUCCACCGUCUGGUCAUCGUGCGGCAUGGAGAGAGCAGCUGGAACCAGGAGAACCGCUUCUGUGGCUGGUUUGAUGCAGAUCUCAGCGAGAAGGGAGUGGAAGAGGCCAAGCGUGGUGCUCAAGCCGUCAAGGAAGCAGGCAUGAAGUUUGAUGUGUGCUAUACCUCCGUGCUGAAGCGUGCCAUCAAGACCUUGUGGACCAUCAUGGAAGGCACAGACCAGAUGUGGCUGCCCGUGGUGAGAACUUGGCGCCUGAACGAGCGUCACUACGGUGGAUUGACCGGCCUGAACAAGGCGGAGACAGCAGCCAAACAUGGAGAGGAGCAGGUGAAGAUCUGGAGACGCUCAUUCGACAUCCCUCCUCCACCCAUGGAUAAAGACCAUCCCUACCACAAGAUCAUCAGCGAGUCUAGGCGCUAUAAGGGUCUGAAGGAGGGCGAGCUGCCCACCUGUGAGAGUCUGAAGGACACCAUUGCACGCGCACUGCCCUUCUGGAAUGACGUCAUUGUCCCUGAGAUCAAAGCCGGCAAGAACGUCCUCAUUGCAGCCCACGGAAACAGCCUGCGUGGUAUUGUCAAGCACUUGGAGAGCAUGUCUGAUGCAGCCAUCAUGGAGCUAAACUUGCCCACCGGCAUUCCCAUUGUCUAUGAGCUGGACAAGGACCUGAAGCCUGUGAAGCCCAUGCAGUUCCUCGGGGAUGAGGAGACUGUGCGCAAGGCCAUGGAGGCUGUGGCUGCCCAGGGCAAGGUGAAGAAGUGAGACCAGACAAGGACACAAAGACUGAACCUACUGCCCUUCUCACCUUGUCCCGCUCAUCCUGCUCGACUCCACUGACCAUCAUUCCAUCAUCAGAGCACACUGACACCCCUUUUCCACCAAACAUGGUACUGGUUCUCAUUGAGUUCUUCAGCAAACCUUUUUAAAAGUUUUCCAAAUGUGCCACACUGUAAAAAAAUAGCAGUGACCUUUGAGGAUUUUACACAUUGCAUUUGUAGCUUUGAGAACACUUCACCAUCCAAUACCAAAUUCUCUAUCAACAACAAUAUUGUGCAAGAUGCAAUCAAGAGAGAUGUGUGGUUUUAUUGCUUUUAGACGUUAAUAUUAGCAUUGCAGCUUCUGUUUGGUUUGUUGCCCUGUUGGCACUGAUUCCGCCAACAAAUAUUGUAAAUCCUUCUAGCAGCAUUCACAUCUUAUUUUAAUGGCAGACAUGUUAAUAGCUUGAUCAAUUGCUGUCUAAAAUGGGUUCCAGACCAGCUGCAUUUUGACCAACCAAGAACCUUUUUUGCGGUGGGAAAGCAUUAAACGGUUCCAGAUUAUGCACCAGAACCAGCAUCUUGUUAUUGGAAAAGGGUUGUGAAAUAACCGGAGUCAAAACCAUGUCACAUGACAGAUGUGCCUGCCUUCCCAUUUUAUGUAUAAAUAAAUAAAUAAAUAAGAAACAUAUUUGUCAUCCACCAUAAAGCACUUCUGAUUCACAAAGCCCUCAUGUUGGGGCUGCUCCCACUUUAACAAAAUAAAGCCAUCGCCAUUUUGUGUA